GUCCAGAUUGAGUGACUGGUGGCUUGACAACAUGCUAACCGGAAUCCCGCGCAUCAUCGUCGGAAAUUGCUCACCAGAUGGCCUUGUACAUACCAUUGAGCAUCUUAAAACAGAGGAUUUACCUGCACUGGGGGAGAAUAAAUGGGAGCCCAACGUCUAUAUAAACUUCUUGGUGAGUUUUUUUGAAUUUCGUGAAGCAGAAAAGUGGCAGAGGACACAGCAGCUGUUUACAAGUUUGAACGCCGGAUAAUGGGAAAUAUCUACUGCUCAAAGGUCUCAGAACCAGACAGUGCCUCUUGCCCUCUUGGUAUACACAAAAGCUGUUUAAACCAAGACAAGUGUGAGGAAGAAAAACAGAAAAGAUGAAAGUUAAACACUGAUCAUGUUGAAAUUAUAAGUUUGACUUGCGUGUUAUGGUGUGUGUUUUUGUUUGUUUUAGUAUAAUUUGUUAUAGUCUUGGUUUCCAGUUUUGAGGAUUUUUGAUGUUAAAUAUAUGAACAUAUAUUUCAGAGAAUUUCUACUUUAAAUAAUAAUGCAAUUCCUUGUGAAUUAGAUAAGCUCGAAGUUUAUCUUUAAAUAUCAAUUUGGGGGUGCCUUUUAAACUGUGAUAAGAUUAUGAUAUAAUACAUAGUCAGUGUGACAUUAGUUAAUGUGUGAUAAGAAAUGAACAUAAUAUACAUUUAAAAAUUUGUGCCAUUGUAAUCAGUGUGUUUAUAUAACCUGAAUAAUUUUGUUGUUUGCAUUAUAACACUAGGAUUAAUGUAAUAAUUAAUUUCAAACUGAAAUUAAUAGUGUUCUACCUUAAUAAAACCUAUGAAAGUAUAGAACCUUGUUAUUCGAGAGAUAUCAGGGUAUCAUUGAUAAGAUACGCCUGGCUUGACACAAUCUUAUCCAGCUCACAACCCUAUAUUAGCAACUGAUUGUUGGUAAAUGUGACUUAUUUCACUGUCAUGUAAACCAAUGUACUGUGAGCUAUCGUGGAUACAAGUAAAUGACCGAUAUACUUCACGUCACUGCGAACACUUUAAUUAAGAGCUGCAUUCCAUGGUCUUAACGUACACUAACCAAGCAGUCUCACUUCCUUCCAAGGUGGGGCCUCAUUUCUUCUGUCCAAAGCUGUGCGCAAUAAAUAAAUCAAGUUUAACCAUUUACUUAUGGUUUCAUUAUAAUACCGAUUUUGACGAAUGAUACGUUGUGUCUCUUUACACCGAUUUUGAUAUAUUGUAAAUCAUUAUUUCACCAAUUUUCUAAGAUACGAUAUGUACUAGAAUCCCCCAGUUAGUCUAAACAAGCUCCCGACGAACUACAUAUGCCAUAUACGCCAGUGGUCUCUUUACCUACUUUAAUCUUCGUAUCACGGUCUCUUUGAACGUGAUUUGUGUUAGGAGAGUGAAUAAAGAAUAUAUUUGACUCUUA